GAUCACUUCCCGUCGCGGCCGCACUCGUUCGCCUUUCCUCGUCGCGGGCUGCACUCGUUCGACUUUGCUCGUUCCUGCCUGCGGACGCCGUUUCUCUCUCCGGCCGAGGCGCGAUCGUUGGUCUCUUGCCGAGCGGUAUCCCGAUGGAGGAGUACCGUCGUCUGUCAGAUGAGGAGCUCAGCCGCAUGCUCAAGCUCUACAACAUCCCUCACGGGCCCGUAGUGGGUUCCACCCGAAAAUUGUAUGAGAAGAAAAUCUACGAAUAUGAGAGCCAGAGAACUAAGCUCCCCGCUGGGACCAUCGGCUCUUACCAACACUCAGAGGAUUUUGAGAGUGAUGCUUAUGAUUCCAACCAGGAUGAGGAUGGAUCCCUGGAAGAUAUUGACUUUGACAAUUACUAUGAAGAGAGUUACUCAACUACCAAGACUUAUGGAGAAUUUGAUGAUACCCCAGCCAAUCCAGUAGUCAAGGCCAAGACCAGCUUCCUGGAGACCCUGCCCUCCGCAAGACGCGGCAGUGAUACUGCCAAGGGGUCUACCUACCAUAUACGCCAGCGGAUGAGAGAGAAUAUUCUCUGUCCUUCAGCCCAGGAGGAGAACGUGGACACUGACCCACGCUACUACGGCCAGGACAGCGGUGCCUACCGGAAUAUUUACUACCGAUCCAUCACUGACUCGACCCCUGACUCGUCCUUCUAUUCUGGCCCAGUGGUCUCUUCUUCCACUCCAGUUUCCUCAACUUCCCCAAGUUUCCGCUGGUACAGCCACCCUUCAGGGGUGGAAGCCCGUCAGGCUAUUAGAGCUGGUCAAGGCUAUGGGGCUGAGAUUGGAAAGAAUGGCAGAAUGGUGCCCCUUUGGGUCCAGUUCCUUCUCUUUCUUGGUUUCGCUCUUUUUCUGGCCUUUUUCUACUAUUUCAUGCAGGCAGGCGAUGACAACCCCUUCCGUCUCCAGAACUGAGGGCUCCUUCUGGGCCCUGGGAGGAGGCAGAGUUCUGGCCCCAUUUUGACUUUUUCUGCCUCUCGCUCUUGCUUUGUAGCCUCCCUUUUGGGGUGAAUAGGGGCACGGAAGAUCUUCGUGCUGUUGUUUGCGGUAGGCCCUGUUGGGAGUCUCUGUGACCCAUUUGGUUUCUGCAGGUCCUAUCCAUAGUGCCUUGUUGUUUGGCUGUGUUUUAAGCCUUUUGUUGGAACAGUGUUCAUAUCUGUAUAAAUGUUUCUGGAAAAGGAGUUGCCCUGACCCAGCAGCUAUGUUCCUCACCCCCUAUUACAUCUGGACAGAUGGGGGGAGGUUUCUGGGAAUCUUUUCCUUGAAGAAAACUGCUUCAGUCCCCAGCCUAGACUUCCCCUGGGAACCCACUCUCCUGAGGUCUGGGGAGUGGUGUCCAAACACCAUAGUAUUCUCAAGGGCUUCGUUCUUUGGCGCCUUAUUUAGCCUCCACGUCACCUGAUGCUUCAAGAGCUUCUCCCGUCCCACCGAUGCCAUCACUCCAUCUGCAGCUGAGGGCUGCUAACUGACCCUUCCACCCCUUGGGCCUCUUACACCCGGUGGAGAAGGGAGACAAAAAGUGCCAAUCAUCUUGUCCUUGACUUUGUUCUCGAACACGUCAUAAAUUAAAUGAUUUGUUUAUUUUUCAA